AUGUCGACUUCGACGACAAGUACUGCGUCAACAAGUAGUACCGGAGGAGGACAGAGUAUUGCCACGAGUGGCAAGUCUCCAUCGGGAAGACAUUUGAAUGGAGGUGUUGGAAUUCAACAGCAACAGAGUAUGGGUGGCAGCGCUGGAAGUCCUGCAUCGGGCUCCCCCGCAUCACAGCCAGUCCCAGUGUCUGUGAUGGCCACCUCCUCAUCGCCAUCCACUGGCCUAAAGAAUGGCGGAUCGCCAGCCACACCAAACGGCGCAAACGGUGUAAAUCAUAAUCAUAUUAAUAAUAAUAAUAACCUGGAAGACAGCGCCUCAUCCAGCAGCAACAAUAACAAUGCCUCUAGCAUCAAGGCGGCUGGAGGCGGAGUGAGCAGCGAGCGAUUGCGCAUUGACUACAAGUUUGAUGAGUAUGAGGACCAGUUCUUUGCCAAGGCAAUCAUCAACGAUCCGCUCAAGAUCUCGUUGAUCCCCGACCUGCUGUCGGUGCGCUCAGUGCCACGCGACACCAAGAUCGCCGGCCAGAACAUCCCGGGCGACCUCAUCUUUAACAAGCUGUCGGUGGGCGUGCAAGAGUCGAUCAAUAUCUUCAAGCAGGAGUGGACGAUCAUCACCAGGGACGCAAUGCCCACGCCGGCCGCCGGUCUCAACCAGCUCAAGCCGCUCUCCUUCCAGCUGUACGAGGAGAACGACGACUUUGAGACGGGCACUCCAGCCGAAUCCGUCAAAGACCUCAAUCAAGAGAUUGUCCAAUCAUCUGGCUCACAACUCUUUGACCCCAAGAUCAUCGACACGCUCAAGACCGCUCGUGCUCCCCUCUUCCAAACAUUCUUUAGCGAUGAAUCAUCCACCAUCGAUCCACCUCGCAUUGGCAAGCCAUUUGAAGAUCCACAGUUCUUCCAAUUCCAGGUUGAGUGCAGUGAGUUCAGGACAGUGAUUGGUGACAUUGAGCCAUUCUUUGGCCGAAUGUUCCUCUUUGAUGCCAAUGCUGAGCCCAAACAUCAAAUAGUUAGCGAGGUCUUCCACUUUGAUUUUGGUACACAUCAAAACCUUUUGCCUAAAUCAACUGAUGUCGAACCACCAGCAAAGAUUAGAAAGGCAGUGUUCUCUGUUGUAAAACCAUCGAUACAUGUCUAUUUGAUCAUUUGCUUUGAUAAGGUGAUGAGAGGUGAUCCAGAGGAGACGACAAAGAUAUACUUCAACUUGCCAGGCAAGCCAAAGGAGAUAUCAAAGUUCCAACAGGAGGUGGACUCUAGUCUGCCCCGUCUAGGCCACUUCCGCCAGCCCUUUGUCUGGGGCAGCGUCGAGCUCUUUGACAAGGACGAGAAGUUCAACUUCAGUCUCCCAGAGCAGAUCCACAAGGUCGCCAACCUUACCAGGAUCAAAGGCGAGCUCUAUAACUUUGUAACAAAACCCGAGAAGAAGCUGAUAAACUGGUGCGAAUGUAACUUGAAGUUUAGCUUGCUGAAUGAGUCAUCUUCACCAUUGAUGGUGUCACAGACGAUGAUGACAAACACGACUACAGGAUCAACACCAAGCCCAUCGACUUCGCCAGCAUCCAGCAAUCAAUCACUGGGCCGCAUCGACCAUUUGCUGCGCCCAGUCUACCAGCAGGCACCAACGCCACUGAUUCGCGAGGUCUAUCCGAUCCACAACGCUGCCGAGCAGAUCGAUAUGAACAUCAGCUACAGCAACGUGUUGUACUUCUAUCCCAAGUCGGUAAACCUCACCAACUUCAAGAGCGACAAGGGCAGCAGCGCACGCAACAUCUUCUUGGAGAUCAAGUUGCUGGAGGACGACACCAACGUCAACAACUCUGGCAUGAAGGCUGUGUUUGGCACGUCGACGUCGCCGUUGCUGACGCGCCGCUUCUACACGACAGUCGUGUACCACAACAAGAAGCCCGAGUUCACUGACGAGAUCAAGAUCAAUCUGCCGUCGCAUCUGACUCCCAACCACCACCUGCUCGUCACCUUCUACCAUCUGGGCUGUCGCCCAUCCAAGAAGAACGAGAAGCCUGAGGUGUGUCUGGGUCACUGCGCCAUUAGGUUGUUUGAGGAGGACAAGGUCAUCGCUGACGGCAAGUACCGCAAGCCUGUGGCCACAGUCUUCCCACCCAAGUACCUGGACAUGGAGCUGAAGGAGCAGACCAACUCCAAGAUGUGGGUCGACAACAAGAAGCCCAUCUUCAAGUUCCGCACUCGCGUCCUCUCCACAGUGUACCCACAAGACCCCGUGCUGGCCAUCAUUCUCAAGGAUGGAGCCGAGGGCGAUCACAACCUUCUGAUCGAGACAUUCAAGAGGGUGAGCGAGGUGCCCAACCCGCUCAAGCUGCGCUUCUUCCCCGUGCUGGCACGAAUCAUCUUCAAGUGCAUCGUGUCGCUGUCCAAAGAGCUUCAGAAGCACGCACUGAUCGCGCUCAUCACCAUUGUGGAUGCCGUCAGCAAAGAGAUGAAGGCUGAGGAGCGUCUGACAUCAUUCGCCACCUACAUCCACAACAACAGCUCUUCGAGCAACACUCUUCACGAGUCCCUUGUCCUCACCUGGAUCCAACUUCUCGAGUCCAAAGACGAGAAGUCAGUCCUCUCACUCCAAUACGCCUGGUUCCUAUUCGCCGUCAUCAAGAAGUCAAUGAUCAUUGAUAUCGAGAUCAAAGGAUUGUUGAAGAAUGGACGUAAUAGAAGCAACAGGUUCUCAGAGGAGUAUCUGCAGAAGUUCAAGACAUUGUUUGAGUUGCUCUUGAUUCAAUUGAAGCAGGUGUACAGCAAGAGUAUCAUUGCCAAGUCUUUCAUCACCAGUGUAGCAUACUUUAUCAACGAUAUGAUGGACAUCAUGAACAGAGGAUUCCUAUUCCGUCUGAUCAACUCAUAUGUCACUGGACUCGAUUGUUCCAACACAGUAAUGGAGAUGGUCAACCUGAAGUACACAUUCCUCAAGGUGCUGGCGUCAUCAGACUCAUUCAUUGCACUCAAUCUUCCAACAUCUUACCAAUUCCCCAACAUUGUAGACUGUUACCAACACUUCUACAAGAAGCAUUACUUGAUUGGAUUGAUAUUGCAAGAGGUUGCGAGUUCAGUUGGUGCAGCAGAGAAGGAGAUGCGUUUGAAGGCCAUUUCAUCACUCAAGGAGAUUAUGGCACGCUUCGACACUAGCUCAUACUUCAACACGCCACAGAUACGUGAGAGGAUUGCUUCACUCUACUUCCCCUACGUCCUCAUCGUCAUUGACAACUUUGAGUUGAUCUCCAAGUUUGACAAGGUCGAGACCAAGAACUGGCUGGCUUGCUUCAUCUACGUCGUCAAGAACCUGAUCAACAGCAGCACAAACAUCAUCGCCGAUUGGUGGAAGAAGGAGGUGCAAAAGAAGAAAAUCGUCACCUUCUUCAACAUCCUCUCGACCUGCGCCAACAUGUUUGACUACAUGGAGCUGUCCAAGGAGGUGGUCGAGAGCAGCAGCAGCACGGAUAAGCCCGACUCGUCGGCAGUGGACUCGCCCAAGGGCAAGGGCAAGGUCUCUAUCAAGAAGGCCAAGGGCAACCCCGAGGCUACCAAGAUGAUGUUGGAGCAGUACACAAACAACCUGUCGGGCAAGAGUGAGCGCUCCAUCUCGGUGACCCACUCGUCCGACCGUCUCACUCAGACACCUGGCGGCAUGCGCGCCUUUAGUAACUCGCUGCCCAUGCUCAAUGUUGAGCCGGCCAUCACGGCUGAGGUGAUGGAGGUCAUGGCUGGAAACCUGGCACACGAGGUCUCCAUGACGAUACUGAACUGCAUCAUUAUCUACAUCAAGGAGUUCAAGGACGAGCUGCACAGCCUGAGCAAGCCUCUGCCUGCCAACUCUCUGUUGCAGAAGCCGUCAGACAAGCAGACCGUGACACUCGAGCGACUGUUUAAGAGUCUCAUCGUGUUGAUCAAGAAGGAGCAGUCGCACGCCUUCAUCAAGGUGGCGUUCCAAUCGAUCGCAUCCAUACUCACCGAGUUCAAGACAGCAGUGUUCAAGAACAACAACUCGAUCUGCGCCGACUUGACUCCAGAGGUCUUCAAGUACUUCUCCAAGAACCACGCACCCAAUCGCCAGGCUGCCGCCACACUGGCCUUCCUGAUGAUCCUGAACAACCUGAAGGAGUGCGGUCAGUUCUCUCGUAUGAAGCUGCAAUCCACAGUGUCCAUCUCCAAGAUCGUAAGCGACAGCACUCUGACCGACUUUGAGUACCUAUUCGCUUGUCUCGAGUCCAUCACCAAGUUUGUCAAGCAGUACUGCAACAACAACUUGCUGAGGAGUAGUGCACCAUCCUUCACCAACUCCGCGGCAUCCGGACCAGCCUCCUCGCCCACCAAGGUCAACCCGCUGCUCAAGUCCUCCCCUGUACAGCCCGUCAGUCAGCCAUCGGCACCCCGUCAGCAGGCGCCCAUCAGCCAGCAAAUCGAGGAGCUGCGCGAUCGUCUGUUUGGCGUGAUCAAGAACAGCGUCAAGAUCAAGCAGCACGACUAUGAUCCCGAGAUGAAGGCCGACCUCUUCCACCAGAUGUCCAACACCUUCUCCGAGAGUCCCGAUCUGCGCAUCACCUGGCUCAAGAGUUUGGCCAACUUCCUUCACCAGACACAGAACUGGGAGGAGGCCGCCCAGACCUACAUCAUCACAGCGGCCCUCGUCUGUGGCUAUCUCAAGCAGCUGAAGCGUUUCCCCAAGAACCUGGCUGUGGACUUCUCCAACGUGUCGCCAAACAUCACCUCCGACCUGAUCCUGCCGGACUCUUCGUUGCUCGAGGCGGUCGAGGGUGAAGUGUGCCAGCUGGUCGACUUCACUGAGCCAGGCUUCAUCGCUCUGCUCAAGGAUGCCAUCCAGGAGCUCAAGAGAGGUUCAUUCUUUGAGUCCUGUGUUGAGACCUACCAGCUGUUGCUGCCAACCUUCCAGAAGAACAGAGAGUGGAAGCGCCAGUACGAGUGUUACUCAGAGCUGGUCAUGCUUUGCAACCAGAUGAUUUCAGAGAGCACGAUCAAUCAACGUCUGUUUGCCAACUACUACCGUGUGGCGUUCUACGGCGAGAGUCUGAUACCCGAGAUGCACAACAAGGAGUACAUCUACAAGGAGUUGAACUUUGUGCGUCUGUCCGAGCUGUCCGAUCGUCUGCAGAAGCAGUAUGGCACCAAGUUUGGCGAGGACAAGAUCCACCUUUUGCCCAACAACAAGCCCGUGGACAAGGGCUCGCUCAAUCCACAGCACAUCUACUUCCAGAUCGUCUCUGUCGAUCCAUACCUGCUGCCCGAGGAGCUAAAGGAGCGUGUAUCCACCUUUGACCAAAACACCAAUCUGAAUAAGUUCAUCUUUGAGGUACCAUUCACCAAGUCUGGCAAGGCUCACAGUGAGAAUAUUACAGAGCAGUGGAAGAGGAAGACUGUGCUGACGACAGAGGCAUACUUCCCAUACCUGAAGAAGCGAUUGUUGAUUGUAAAGAAGGAGGAGAUUGAGUUGACGCCAAUCGAAGCAUCGUAUGAGAUCAUCCAGAAGAAGACACAGGCACUGCGCGCAGAGCUCAAGUCUGCGCUGCCCAACACCAAGACACUCCAGAUCAAUCUGCAGGGUUCAUUGCUGCUGCAGGUGAAUGCCGGCCCACUGGCCAUCGCCAGCUCGUUCCUGGGCGGCACGGACUUUGAGAAGUACAACGCCGAGCACUACACCAAGCUGCAAGAGUCCUACAAGGAGUUCACCAAUGCUCUGGCAUUCUCUCUCAAGCUCAACAAGAACUUAACCAAGGCCGAAGACACCAAUGGACUGGAGUUGCAGGCACAGUUGGAGAAGGGCUACAAGGAGUUCCGUGACAAGAUCAAGCAGUAUGUCAAUCUAGAUCAGACCGAGGAUCAGAACAACAACUAG